AUAAUGAGAACGCAGCUUAAAUUUAUUUAUUGGCCUUCGAUUUGACAUUGACGUUCAAAUGUCAAACAAAAUUGCUUUCGGCUCGCCCAAAUUCAUAUUUUCAAACAAAUAUAUAUUGUAUUUCUUAAAUUGUAUUUAAAAGUAAACUCGGACCAAAUGACUCGAACAUGGGACAAAUUAUACAAGCGAUUCUUGCGACGACGACUUUGCACACGUUUUUUAUUUAUGAUCAUAGUGUUUACGAUUUCCUUUUCAAUUUCUAUCUUAUUAUUCGGCGAUUUAAAAUCCCCUGUGGUGAUGCGUAUUACUGAUUUAGAUCGCUGUCCGGCCUGCUACGGUGUAUCCGUUUGUCCGGAACUCUAUUCUAACCAGAUAAUGUUGGAAAGCGGUAAUCAUUGGUCUCGCAUGUUCAACGCUAAGAAUGUAUACUACGGGUACACAAAGUCAAAUCGUCGAGUUAUUUUAAAGAAGUUAGCACAGAAUUGGGAGCUACAAGAGUUUGACUCGAAGUUGUGUAAGAGUUGGCAGUUAAAAGACGACUGUAAGCCCAGAGAUUUGUUAAAUUUGAGUAACAUUAUUAAUAAAAUCAAGGAUAUUGUUCAUUAUAACUUCAGCUGGCCAGAUACGGAGCCAAGGAAGGGGCUUGUGUUUUGCCCGUACUCUACAGGCAUCCUAGAUUUCAUAAAUACUAGUAAAAAGAAAUUGACUGAUUCUAAAUCAGAUCUGAUCAAUAUAUGGACAAGUUUAAGCAUUAACCCAGAACCCUUGAUAUUGAAGGUGAUCCCGAAAUCCAAUGGUUGGCCAGUCCCAGCCUACGGAGGAGUGUGCGGGAGGCUUGUUGUAGAAGCCCAUGAGGGAGAACCUUUAGCAUCCCUCCUGCAUGUCCCCUGGCAUCGGAAACUGAAGUUUGCCAAGAAGAUCCUGGAUGCUGCUAUGGAUUUCACUUUUAAACAUGACAGAUUUCGCUUCUAUCUCAUGGACUGGUCUUUAGACAACAUAGUUGCCAACGAAAAGGAUGAUAUCUCUUUCGUUGACCUUGAAGAUGUUAUCAUCCUUGACAAACACAUAUAUCCUGGAAAGGACCUCCCAUCCUGGUACCAACGGUACAGUAGAGAGUUCAUGGGCGCUGGAUUCACUUUUUCAAUUGAAAACAUGUGUAAACACCAUUUAAGUGACCAUAACCUUUGGGCUGCAUGCUACAUUUUAGCUGGAGAUGACAUGCCACUAUUGUAUCCCAUACCUAAGGAUGUCAAUGCAUACAGACCUUAUUUAGAUAAGCUUCUGAAAGGCUGUCUGACAAAGUCUGAGGACAGAUUUAGCAGUAUUACUAAGUUACAACAUGUUGUUAAAGAGAUGCUGAUGGAUGAAAAGAUUGUUGGUACUAUGACUGUUAGAUGAUAAUUAAAAAUUAUGAAAAAUGUUUAAAUAAUGAUCUCAUUGGUAAGCAUAUUAAUGAUUGGUGUUAGUAAAUGGUUAAAUGGUUUUUCUACUCGUCAACUUGAAUUAGAAAACAUACCAAACUGUAAUCACCUAAUUUUCACUAUGGGCUCCCGACGCAACUAUAAUGACUUCUUCUAAAAUGCUUUAGUCAUCUGUAAUGAAUUCGACCAAUCACGUGUAGCCGAAGGAUAGAACAAAAGACAUCAACGCGCUAGUAUUAAAUUAGUAGGAAGUGCGUUGACGUCUUUUGUACUAUCUUUUUAUUCUUUUUUUUUAUAGUAGAAAAAGUAUUAUUUUAGUUGGCUCGAAUAAAAAGUACUAAAUACAAUAGUGAUUUGGUGAUAUAAUCAAGCUUUUCAAGCUUAAUUAUAUCACCAGCUCUAGUACCUAGCACCAAUAGCACCAUCAAGCUUUUCAAGCUUGAUUAUAUCAUCAAAUAGUAUCAUCAAAAAGCAGGAUUGUGUAAAAAUCUAUUUUCUUACUUUAUUUACUGAGGGUUUAGGUCUAACGCCAACAUCAAAAAAUCUAAAAGAGUUAUCUGCCUCUACCACUGCUGCAUAUUCGAGUGACACAGAGGCAGAUAAUGUUCUUAGACUUUUCGAUGUUGGGCCUCCAACAUCGAAAUUGUUUGUGGAGUGUAAUGAGUGAAAUCCAAGGAUCAAUUGACGAUAGAACACAUUUUGUAGUACAUUAAUUGCACUGCUAAUACUCAUUAAUUUUCUGGAUUUAUAGAUUAUUAGGUGGGUCCACACACAAACGAGCCGCCUCGCGAGGAAAUUACCUCGCGAAGCAGCUCGGACGGUGGAGGCGUGUCUCGCCCGAGGCAAUGCGGCCGAGGCACGUCGUCUACACAGUCCGAGCUGCCUCCCGCGGCAAUUUCCUCGCGAGGCGGCUUGUUCUGUGUGGACCCGCUUAUUGAUACAUAGGCAAUAUAAAACUGUUAUAGAACUGGUUUUGAAUCUCAUUUAUUUUGAGUUAUAUUGUGAUAUCAAAGCUUUUCUAGAUAUAAGUGUGGUUGUUUACUGAUAUAGUAUUUUGCAUUAUAUAAAAUUGUAUUAAGCCAAUAUCAUAAUCUGAAAUUAUAAUUGAAAGUUAAACUGUAGUUUCAUUUAGCUCCACAUGCUUAAUUCUUAUACUAAUGACAGUGUUACACUUCUACAUAUGGAUAUAGUAAAUUUUAUACUGGUGGAAUAUUUCGAUUAUGUUACAAACAAGGACGGUGACCGUUAUGCUGGUCGGAAAAUAACGGGGAAAAAUACAGG